CUACCCAUUGAAGUUGAAAGUGAGUAAUGUUUGACCCUCCUCUUGCUCUGUUGUUCUCCCAAAAGAGGGAUCUAACCCUAAACCCAGAUUCCAUAGCUGAUUUCUUCGGAUUGUUGGUCCUCCUUCGAACUUUUCAAGUUUCGCCUUCUUCGCCAAACAGGGAAGAAGAACCCUGAAGCCGAAUUCCACAGAUGAGCUCAAAACCCAAAACCCAAAACCCAGAAGAAGAAAACCAUGUCAGAGUCAGACUUCCCACCGGAGAUACUGUUCGACAUCCUUUCUCGCCUUCCGCCCAAGGAUUUGAUUUGAAUCCUCUGCGUUUCCAAAUCUUGGUAUGCCAUCAUCCACGACCAUCACUUCAUCAAAGCUCAUCUCCAACGCUCCAUCCAAACCAAUUCUGCUCGCACCCUUUUACUCCGAUCAAAUUCCGCUCUUUGGUCAGAUUUCUAUUCGCUGUCAUUCAACGGCGACGAAGCGUUCGGGACACUUGUGCCAAUUGAGCGGCCCUUGAAAGGCCCUGGCGACUACCUUGAGAUGUUGGGCUGCUCGGUUAAUGGUGUGGUUUGUAUUCACGACUGUGAAUGUACAGAUGUUUGUCUGUGGAACACGUCAAUUCAAAAGUUGAAGAAGAUUCCCCUUCCAACGUUGGAGCAUCAGCCACCAUCAUAUUCCAACAGGUACACUCUCUUCGGGUUCGGGUAUGAUUCAGCUAAUGAUGACUUUAAAGUUUUGCGAAUUACGCAGUUUGAGAACAGAAAGAGAGAGUCUGUGGAUUCCCAAGUCGGCGUUUAUAGUCUAAAAUCUAACUCAUGGAAAAAGAUCCAGAGCUUGCCUUGCCGUGGGUUUUCUGUUCAUAGGCGUGAGAUUGUUUUUACCAACGGUGCUCUGUGUUGGCUGAUGCGGAAAGAUAACAGUCGAUGCAUAAUUCUAACCCUUGAUCUUGCCAAUGAGAAUUAUCGGGAGUUUCACACCCCCAGUGGACGAGGAUGACAAUUCUCUUAUGAAUUUGGUGGUUUUAAGGGGCUCUCUCUGUGUUUUUGUUAUGCACGAGUACGGAACGUCUGACUCUUGGACCUUGCUCUAUUCCAUUGGUGUGGAAACUGGCCCGGAAACUGUGCCUUGGUGGUUUGAUCAUUGUGAACCUUUGGGGUUCUCAAAGAACGGUGAAAUGGUUCUCUUGAAGAAAGGUGAGGGUGCGCUUGUUUGGUUUGAUUUAGAGCAGAAAAAUAGUAACCAAGUCUACAGUGGUGGUCUGCCACGUCUCUUUAAAGCAACCAUUUGCUUAGGGACCCUUUCUCUUCUUGAUGGUGACUCCGUCGUGAGCGAAGAAGGUACUUGGGUUGGAUGAUAACGCUGCUGCUCUUUUGCUUUACUCUUUGUUUCCAAGGCAAUGUCGACUUCCUGGAGUAUGUCUUGGACUCUUGGCGCCAACUGAUUUGGAUACAUAUUGUUUUUUUUUUUUCUGACUUUCAUGUGAAUGAAUGUUCGUGGCAAAAGUACGUGCGGAAGUUAUAGCCUGCAAUGAACAUGCAUAGUGAAGAAAUGCUAGGUAUGCAAAAGAGUAUGAGGCUGUUUAGAACGGCCAAAAUGAAACCAAAUUUCACAAAUUGUAUGUCCUUUGCUGUUCCGAUCGCUUUUGUUUCAAUUACUGGUUGAUUUAUGCUGCAAUCAGUUAAAAAAUUUGAGCAGGAUUACGAAUAACUAAAUGUGAAUUAUUACAGAUUGCUUUUUUGGGAUCCAUAAGCCAAAAAGUGCUGAAAUUGUUCAUCCAUAUCAGCACUGUUUGAAAGUUGUGGAUUUUGUUUGCAUUGUUUUCUCUCUGACCUGAUUUCAUUUUCAUGAAUUCCAAGUUGACCAGACUUCCAAGUUGCGCACAACGAAUAAGCAUGAAAUUGAAGUACGAGUAUGGCCGAAACUGAGGGUUAUGCCAUGGGACAAACAAGGGACUCGCAUAUUUUGUGCCCGAACCGGAACAAGAUGCUACGCUACUGGUGGCAGAGUCAACGGAAAACUUCGAAUUUUACCUCAAAUCCGAUUCAAAUUUAACGAAAAUCAACGCCGAUCUUGAGGGAACUUGCCUCACCUGAGGUAGAAGGGGACGCACUUGUGGUGAUUGCAGCUUUGCAAAUAGAAAGCGAGCAGGAAUCUUCGCAAUUUGGGAAUGUCAACAAACAAGGUAGCCCAUAGGUUGACUCGACUGAGUUUAACGCUGGAAAAUUCUGUAACUCGGUUUAAGGAAUCCUUGAUUCUCUCUUUGAGGAUAGCACUUAAGUCAUUUUAUUCUAGUGCGGACGUUCUUUUCCCCUUAGUCCGGAUGUAAAUCUCUGACAAGAUUUUUAUCGAGAUCCAUUUUAUACACACUAUCUUCAAUAGUUGCA